AUGCCCUGCUUCAAGGGCAUUGCGGUGAGCGUUCACGCCAACGGAACCCCGCUGCCGGAAUAUGGCAUGCAGAAGCAGUCCAGGCUGUCACGCAUCAGCACCUACAUACCUGUUCCGCAGCCCUCCAUACGCGAGGAUCCCAGCAAGCCUGAGCCCGCCAAGUUUGCCAUUUCCAUAACCCUCCUCACGCCAGGCUUGCCAAUUCCUUAUUCCGCGCCGAAGCCGAACGAGGCCAACCCCUACCCCAAGCCUCAGUUCGUCGGUGGUCUUCACCCAGGCUCGCACGGCGAACGUGGCAAGUUCAUGGGGCUCGUCAGUCCUUAUAUUCCCAUGACCAACUCCGAAAACGAAACGAUUGCUGCAUACAUUUACUUUGAUGGUCGAGCCAAGGAAGAGGUCGCCACACUAUUGCGCCCCGGCGAGGAGACGUGGGUCAAUAGCAGAUGGGUCCAAGUGCCUGAUACUGAGGGCGGCGGUCUUGCUGAGCGCGAAUUUCUCUUCCGCGAGGUUGGCCUUGAGAGGUGGCUUAACGGUCUAGAUCUACAGGGCCACGAUGCUGCCGAGAAGCUCGAGAAACGCAGGCAAAAGUUUCAACGGCGGCAGCAGCGCCAGAGCAUCUCCCUCGAAGGAGAAGAGUCCGGCGCCAAGAAACGAGGCACUCUGAGAUAUGGCGCACAGGACGGAUCUCCCACCGAAGCAGUGUAUGACUACACAGAUUCGUCCUCGGACGACGACGAGCCGCCCGAGGCCACCGGGCAGAUCAAGGUUGCCAUGUUCCGAGUGCUUGCUUCCGGCGAAAUUAAGAAGGGAGAAUAUUCUCCUCAAUUUGAUGCCCACGAUGGCGAUGAGGAAGGGAGCACUGAAAAGAGCGGCAUAGAUGCCGAUGUCGAGCACACUACCAGCUUUGCCAAGCCAAAGACGUUGGACCCCAAGACGAUUAGCACUCAAACGGUAACCGGGAUUGAUGGCCCAGAUAAGCCUUUCGCGGUAUUCACAUUUUUCUACCGCGGGGACCGCCAAUUACAAAAGAUUGGUGUCAUGCAGUCAGCAAAGACACAUGCCCCGUCGGGAUCUGCUAAACGGCGUUCUGGCCAGCUAGACUUCUCUAGCCUUGGCCCGUUGAAGGCUGGAGGCACUGUAGGGUUCUCUGCUUUCCGUGAUCAGGCAACGGAAGCCUCCAGGCGCCGCAAGGCCCGCAAGAAGAGCAACGGAAACAUCGCUGAUGACAGUGACGACGAUGAUGACAGUGAUGGCAUGGUCAAUAUGGACCAGGGCGAUGACAAAGAUGAGGAUCGAAAGCUGGCGCCCGAAGACGCGAAAUCACAAGGUGAACUGGCUGACGGAGUGAACCGUAUUCACCUUAAGAGAGCGCACUCGGCCGAUCCAGACGCAAACUCAACACCCAGCACCCCACAACUGGGAUCAAACAACGAUACGCCAGGCGAGUUGGGCUCUAGCUCUGUGCAGCCGAUCCCCACCCCGUCAACAAGUGCUCAUGCGGUUGAAAGCAUUUCGGCCGAUGCGAUUGUGGGAAGUCCUCUCAAGAAGGCACGGGCAAGCGUUGACACAGCAGCCACGGAAGGAGAUAGGUACUCAAGUACGCAAAGCCUCAGUGCUGCCCUGGGCUCGGUCAUGUCGACUUCUGCACCGAGUACUAUUCCUGCCGUUCCUGCCGUUCCCGCCGUCCCCGCCGUUCCUGCCGAAUCGAAGCUGAAAUCGACAGCAGCCGAUGAGGAGGAAGAAUUGUAG